ACUGGCGGGUGCACAGCCUUCCCCAGUUAAGUGCUGGCUAAAGAAGGUGUCGAAUUGCGAUGUGCUAGAAGGCUCGGGAUUACUUGGAGCCAGGAAAAUAUCUGAAAAGUCUGGCUACUGUUCCUCCGCCUCGCUCUUGGACAUCUCCUUAACCCUGCCGGAACACGACACGCAGAGUGAAAAUGGUCCACCACUCAGGCUCCAUUCAGUCCUUUAAACACCAAAAAGGUUUAAAUAUAAGCAAAAGCGAGAUAACAAAUGAAGCUUCACUAAAACCAUCUCGGAGAUCUCUGCCUUGCCUGGCCCAGAGCUACGCUCAUUCAAAAAGCUUAAGCCAAUCCACUUCACUCUUCCAAUCAACCGAGAGCGAAUCUCAGGCUCCAACUUCUGUAACCUUUGUCUCUGCUGAAAAAUCUGAGCAAGUUAACCCUGAGGAGAAUAAAAAAGAUUCUGCCCUCCAGUGUUCCUUUGCUGACCUCAGUGAUUUUUGCUUAGCUCUAGGGAAAGAUAAGGAUUACAUGGGUGAAUCAGAACAUGCUACCUAUGACCGAUCUCGUCUUCUUAAUGACUUCGUUAUCAAAGAUAAGCCUGAGUCCAAGACCAAAGUUUCUAAGAAUGACAUGAAUUACAUAGCAUCCAGUGGGCUUUUAUUCAAAGAUGGCAAAAAACGAAUUGAUUACAUCCUGGUAUAUAGAAAGACAAAUAUACAAUAUGACAAAAGAAACACAUUUGAAAAGAACCUGAGAGCUGAAGGCUUGAUGCUGGAGAAGGAGCCAGCUAUUGCAAACCCUGAUAUCAUGUUUAUUAAAAUCCACAUUCCAUGGGACACACUAUGCAAGUAUGCAGAGAGACUGAAUAUCAGAAUGCCCUUCAGGAAAAAAUGUUAUUACAUUGACCAGAAGAACAAAUCAGUGAGCAGGGCACAAAAUUAUUUCAAAAGAAUCAAAAAGUGGAUGUCCCAUAACCCAAUGGUCCUAGACAAAUCAGCUUUUCCAGAGGAGUCUGCCUGCUACACUGGCCCAUUCAGCAGAGCUCGGAUUCACCACUUCAUGAUAAACAAUAAGGACACGUUUUUCAGCAAUGCUACCAGAAGCAGGAUAGUUUAUCACAUGCUGGAGCGAACAAAAUAUGAAAAUGGGAUGUCAAAAGUGGGUAUCCGUAAGCUUAUAAAUAAUGGCUCCUAUAUAGCAGCAUUUCCCCCACAUGAGGGAGCCUACAAGAGUAGCCUGCCCAUCCAAACCCAUGGACCUCAGAACAACAGACAUCUUUUAUAUGAGCGUUGGGCACGCUGGGGAAUGUGGUAUAAGCAUCAGCCUCUGGAUUUAAUCAGGCUGUACUUUGGUGAGAAGAUUGGAUUGUACUUUGCUUGGCUGGGAUGGUACACUGGAAUGCUGAUUCCUGCAGCAGUUGUUGGCUUGUGUGUUUUCUUCUAUGGAUUAAUUACAAUGAAUGAAAGUCAAGUAAGCCAAGAAAUUUGUAAGGCCACUGAAGUCUUCAUGUGCCCUCUGUGUGACAAGAAUUGCUCUCUGCAGAGACUCAACGACAGCUGUAUCUAUGCCAAGGUAACAUAUUUGUUUGAUAAUGGAGGGACAGUCUUCUUUGCUAUUUUUAUGGCAAUAUGGGCCACAGUUUUUCUGGAGUUUUGGAAAAGGAGAAGAAGCAUACUGACUUACACGUGGGAUCUUAUUGAAUGGGAGGAAGAGGAGGAAAACCUUCGUCCUCAGUUUGAAGCAAAGUAUUAUAAGAUGGAGGUGAUAAAUCCCAUCACAGGGAAACCUGAGCCAUAUCAACCUUCAUCCGACAAAGUCACUCGUCUUCUUGUGUCUGUCUCAGGAAUAUUCUUCAUGAUCUCCUUGGUCAUCACAGCUGUGUUUGCAGUGGUCGUGUAUCGCCUGGUUGUCAUGGAGCAGUUUGCAUCAUUCAAGUGGAAUUUUAUCAAACAGCACUGGCAGUUUGCUACCUCUGCUGCUGCUGUCUGUAUCAAUUUCAUUAUCAUCAUGCUGUUGAAUCUUGCUUAUGAAAAAAUUGCUUACUUCCUCACUAACUUAGAAUACCCUCGAACAGAAUCUGAAUGGGAAAACAGCUUUGCACUGAAGAUGUUCCUUUUCCAAUUUGUCAAUUUGAACAGCUCUAUCUUCUAUAUUGCUUUCUUUUUGGGAAGAUUCGUAGGCCACCCAGGAAAAUACAAUAAACUUUUUGAGCGAUGGAGACUGGAGGAGUGUCAUCCUAGUGGUUGUUUGAUAGACCUCUGCCUGCAGAUGGGAGUUAUCAUGUUUUUAAAGCAAAUAUGGAACAACUUCAUGGAACUUGGAUAUCCGCUGAUCCAGAACUGGUGGUCACGACAUAAAAUCAAGCGGGGAAUACAGGAUGUGUCCAUACCACAGUGGGAAAAUGACUGGAAUCUGCAGCCCAUGAAUAUCCAUGGGCUGAUGGAUGAGUACUUAGAGAUGGUUUUGCAAUUUGGAUUUACCACCAUCUUUGUCGCUGCUUUUCCUCUGGCUCCUCUCUUGGCUUUAUUAAACAAUAUCAUAGAAAUCAGACUGGAUGCAUACAAAUUUGUGACCCAGUGGAGGAGGCCUCUGCCAGCCCGAGCAACUGACAUAGGUAUCUGGCUUGGAAUUCUCGAAGGAAUUGGCAUCCUGGCUGUGAUCACUAAUGCAUUUGUAAUCGCUAUUACAUCUGACUACAUCCCACGUUUUGUCUACGAAUACAAAUAUGGCCCUUGUGCAAAUUAUGUAAAACAGAAUGAAAAUUGCUUAAAGGGAUAUGUCAACAAUAGCCUAUCCUUCUUUGACCUGAGUGAACUUGGGAUGGGAAAAUCUGGCUAUUGCAGGUACCGAGACUACAGAGCCCCCCCUUGGAAUUCCAAGCCCUAUGAGUUCACCUUACAGUAUUGGCACAUCCUGGCUGCUCGAUUGGCUUUCAUUAUUGUGUUUGAGUCGAGCUCCUAG